UCAUUUUGCUUCCUUCCACUUAGAUUAAUAUUAAACGCAAGAGCCCAUGGCAGCGAAUGAUAAUUACGGUUACCUGCGGGAUCCUAGUGAAAUGGAGAAUGGUCAACCGCGACUACAUUCCGCCAAGAGUUCUGAGCCGAGUUGCAGGUCAUUUAUUUUUGGAACGCUCAUUGUCAUGGGAUUGCUUCAGGUCGCAUCGAGUGUAGCAAUCCUGCUACAUUUAACUGGUUAUAUUCACGAGGUAGACUUUACAGUUCAGCGGAAAUCUCUAGAGGCGGUGCAGACGGGUCCCAUCCUUGCAAGAGCGCUUAGAGAACCCAGAAAAAAACAAAGAAUAAAGUACAUAAAAAGCCCCACCCCAAUGGCUCAUCUGCCCAUCAGGACACCCAUCGACUAUGCCCAAAAAGGUGAGAUUCAGGUGAAGAUGAUUCAUUGGAAUGACGCCCAGGGUAACCUGGAACGAUUCCGGUACCACAACGGUCGCAUUCUGGUCCAGGUAGGGGGUUUGUAUUACAUUUACGCCAAGACCUGCUUCCGAUACUACGCCAACGCAUAUGAGCCAGGCGCCAGACCCAGCCACCAGCUGGAGGACAAUACACAGUUGAUCCAGUACAUCUAUCAUGAGAAGCACACCCAGAACACCAUCACGCCCACGGUCCUCAUGAAGAGCGGAAGCACCCAGCAAUGGGGGACAACUGACUAUAACAUGUACUGCGAACAGCAGGGCGGGAUCUUUGCCCUGAAGGAAGGGGAUGGGCUCUUGGUCAAGGUGUCCAAUCCCUGGAUGCUGGACCCCGACGCAGAAGGGAGUUACUUUGGUGCCUUCAAGAUAAGCAAAUGAUUGCUUGGUUUCGCAUGAUUGACUGCAGUACCUUUAGGGUUAGGAGAACUGGCCAUAGCCUCAAGCUGCUUGAGAGGAAUUUCGGGUCAGGCGGGAUAUUGUGUACCUGAGCGUGACCCCCUUCCUGGUAUAUCAGGCUCCCAAGGUCUGCCUGCACAAACUGACAAAGGAGGUUGCACACACAAGUUGGGCAUUCUUACUUCAGAGAUAAUAGGGGCCAAAAAAGAUAAAUAAACAUGUCUAUCCUGCGCUGAACUCUCUGCUUAUGAUCCUGUCUUACAUUUUGAAAAUGGUCCAAGAACUACCAAGCACUGAAAACCGGUGUGUCUCAUUCCAUGAGGGUGGCUUUCUCAGAACAAGGGGCAGGAAGACGGUUUAUGGCGGUACAGCUCCCUGAGGCCACCAUCCCCCUUUCGUCCCCCUUUAUGCUCCUGCAUAAAUUUUUUUUUUUGUGUUUUUUUCAAAAGGAUUUGAUUAUGAAGCAAAGUAAACAAUGCACCAAAAAGUGGGAAAACAAAACCAAAGAUAGCUGGACUGUCUGCUCUGCCUGAGUGAGAAAUGGCAGGCCGUGUCCGAAACAGCUUACUUACCUACUGUUGUGUAUAUAAGUUGACAACACCGAAUGAGAAAGUUGUCAAGUAAGGAAAAUUUUAAAUAAAUGUACAGUAGUGUGGUUCACAUUCCCAGAUGAUACUUAUUUCCCAGGGUUUCGAUGAAUGUAUUCAGAAGCACACUUUUCAGGAAGUGAACCAUACUUUUAGGAGGUCCCACAGAAUUGUGUGGGAGUGUUGAGGUCUCAUAAAUCAGAGAGGAUGAGGCAGGACGGUUCGUCUUAUGACACUUCUGCAGUAUGCUGGAAACUAGUAUGGAUGAUAUUUUUCACAUACUGUCCAUUGUUUACUAAAAAUAUGCACUAAACAGUGGGCUGUAUGUUUAGUAGACAAUACAUAUUUUGAGGACACCGUAGGCUGUUUCAGACACGGUCACAGUCUUAACUUAAGAUUGCUUUUCAGCCAAAUUGAGUUUGGUGAUCCACCGAUUUAAUAAAAGAAUUUCAUUUCUUGUUUUCCUUCUAAACAUGACAGGAGACAAUGCAUUCAAUGUAUUUAUUUAUUUGAUAUUAAGUCAUACUUCACUGACAACUAAUGAUUUACUUGUUGAGACCUGCAACAACAGUGUGUGCAUUCUGUUAUAAAGUAGAAUCUUCAAGAUAUGAAUCUCUAUCAGUCAUUCAUGAAACUUUGAAAGUUAUGUCAAAAUAUUUUUUUAUGAAUUUUAAUCCUUUAUGGAUUAGACUCAUGGCUUACAUUAUGAUAGCCUUAUGUUUAAAUUGGCUACUCUGAUUGUUGAGCUAUAAUCCUAUGGAUAUGAUAAAUAGGCCUGAUGAAGCACAAUUGGAUAUGCCAAUGGCGUGGUUCCAUGUUAAUUUGACUUGUCUGUCCAUAACUCUAAGGUUUGUGAUACUUUGGUUCUACUGUGCACAUUAUGAUAGGUUGCACUUUUGCCUGAGGUUGUAAAUACGCAAUUAGUAAAUAUACUUGGUUUUGUCUUACAAAUAAAACUUUGAGUUGUCUCUCAAAAAAAAAAAUAGAACUUCUCAAUUAUCAUAUUUUCAGAUAAGAACUGCGGGCAUUGGGAAAGGUUUUAAGUUAUACAUUUGUAUAUGUUUUUUUGUAUGUUAUUUAUAGCACUUAAAAUAAUAAAACAACUUUCUGAAUACA